AUGAAGACUCAGAUUACUAUCUUGACUUUGACUGCCACAGCGCUCUGUAGUCCAAUUCUCCUAAUCCACCGCGCCCAGGUUGAUACCACAGUUCAACUCCAGAGCCGCCAGACCGGAACAAUAGCAAAAGAAUACACGCAAGGAGGCUGCCGUGAUGUCAUCUUCAUCUUCGCCCGGGGUUCUACGGAAGUCGGAAACAUGGGGUCGACCGUUGGACCUCCGACUUCAGACGGUCUGAAGAAAAAGUACGGCGAAAACAAAGUGGCGACAGAAGGAGUUGAUUACGCCGCUGGUCUCACGACCAACUUCCUCCCCGGAGGAGCUGAUCCCGUCGGCGUUGAUGAGAUGAAGCGGCUUUUGACCGAUGCUACCAAUAAGUGCGACAAGUCAAAGGUCGUAGCUGGAGGCUAUAGUCAAGGAGCUGCCACCGCACAUCGCGCGAUUGAGAACCUCCCUGAUGCAGUCAAGAGCAAGAUCUUGGGGGUCGUCACCUAUGGCGACACCCAAAAUCAGCAGGACAAGGGCCAGAUUCCCAACUUCCCCAAAGACAAACUGAAACUCAUUUGCAACGAAGGCGAUAAGGUGUGCACUGGCACUCUCGAGAUCACGCCUGCUCACCUUGAUUAUGAACGCCAUGUUCCCGAGGCAGUUGACUUUUUGACCGGAAAGAUCGGCAAUCUUUGA